GACUGUAUGAUUUCAGUCCUGUUUUCCCUGAAGAACUGGCGUCCUUUUGGACGGAACACAGCGAGAGGGCAACACUGCCUACAGCCUUGGCUAUGCUUGGAGUCGAGACCUCAAAGCGUGAUCUGGUAGAUGCAUGGCUUCGGAACAGAAAAACGGAGAUUGCGGAAGAGGAGCGCAGUGAACUGGUCAGCAAGUUAAUGUUGGCAAUGGAUUCUUUUGCAUCAGAUGGCACCUGGGAGCAUCCAGCAGAACAACCUCCUGAAGGAACCGAGGGGGACGUCUUGGAAGAGGUUCAGGCGCAUUUCUUCGAGAAUGGUGUGGUGAUGGUGAACAAAUUUUCAUCCUUUUUCAGGGAUGAGCAGGAUUUGAUAGAGGUUUUGCGCACCGAGUUCAACAUCGAUGCAGCAGCUUCACUGGCAGAAAGGGCACAGGUGGCAUCGGUUAUUUGCUCAUGGAAAGAUACUCUUACAAAAGCCAAGCGACAAGCGGAGGUGGAAGCUGAGAUGAGUACAAGGGAAUGGACUAAACCCAUUCCAGUGGGAGACUACGUCCAACUCAGGAAUUUCUUCCAAACAACUGUUGGACACGUGGAAGAUCGAGUCAUGCCUUCGAAAGAAUACCUUGAGAAAAAGCUGCAAGAACUGGAAAAUGGUGAAUUUCGUGCAGAGACGCUUGCAGAAGUGGUUUCAAAGGAUGAAAUCGACCCGGACGUUUUAGUCCCGAUCUUCGACAGCAAAGGAAGCCUUUCAGUCAAGAAAGGAAGCACCAAUGUACCGCUUCCGACAGGGCCAGAGCAGCUUCGCAGGAGGCUAAACGUGAUGCAGAACUGUUUGAUGAUGUUGGCUCUCAAGCAUGUGAAUAGAGAAGAGAUACAAGAUGUUAGCAAAGAGGUCUUCGAUAAGUACAAGGACUACAUCUUGGGCGACUAUGUUUGGGGGCUCAGCUCAACGGAUCUGAAUGGUCAACAGAUUCAGACGCCACCAUGGAGCCUGGUAUUAUCAUAUGAGCAUGCAAUCAGAAAGCGGGCCUACACGUUGAUGCAGACGGAGAGGCUCAUGAUUGGGGCGGCUUUGGAAAAGGCAUGGAAAUGCCCUACCACGAAAGAGCGGCAUUUCAUUACACCGUUGGCACUGUAUUCAAAGAGAUCAUACACCCCGGGUACAAGCUCAACAAGCCCAGGGACAUGGAACCCGAAAGGAAAAGGAAAAGGCAAGAGCAAGACAAAGGGUCCACAGAAAGGAUCUGGACAGAGUCCCAAUGGUGAGAAGAUAUGCUACAGGUUCAAUGCGGGCAAGUGCAGUUAUCAGAAGUGCAAGUUUGCGCACCUUUGCAGCAAAUGUUUUGCAAAGGGCCACAACGCGUUGAAUUGCAAGGAGAAGCCAACGCCUGUAUGCAAGUUGGUACAAGACAUGGAUACAAUUGUCAUUUUUGAGAAUCCGGAGGAUCUAGGUGAAGAGGGCUGUAAACUGGUGAAAAACGAUGCCUUGUCAUCCCAACUGGUACAAUUGUGGUGCGACAGACUUCAUGGAGAAGGUUACAACACAGAGAACAUUCAACAUGUUGCGGAAGGGCAGCCCUUCAAAUUGCGACUGAUGGAAGCCUUACUGGAUAGGGCUGGGGACCCUGACCACAAAUUUCUUCUGCAGGGAGAAAGCGGCUAUCCGGUUGGGGUGUUACAUCCCCUACCAAGGACGCCACAUAUGUACGAGGAGCAGACUUCAUGGAAGCUGGAAGAUGACCCCUAUAUGAAAGCAGAGAUAUGGAGAAACAACUACGAUUCGGUGGGUGACCAUGAAGAAUUUGUAAGGGAACAUUUUGCAGAAGAGUGCAAAGAAGGCUUGAUGGAGAAACUAACUUUGGAACAAGCACAUGAGAGGUUUGGUUCGAAGGUGGCAAUUUCUUCGCUUGCAGUCUUGGUGGAGGAAUCUCAUGGAAAUAAGAAACGCAUCAUCCACGAUGCGACACACGGGACGAAGGUGAACAAUCGUAUCCGUUGCAGGGAUAAACAAAGGAGUCCUGGAGCUAGGGAGAAGAUGUAUUUGCUUGCGUAUUACAAAGCAAGGGGUGACAUUGUUUUCAGUCUGGUUGGGGAUAUCAGCAAAGCUCACCGACGUUUCCUACACGAACCUUCUGAAUGUGGGCUCUUGGCAUGCAGGGUCAAGAACGAUGACCCUUUUAUCUUCAUCAACAAGGUUGGAACCUUUGGCGUAGCAUCAGCAAGUUACUGGUGGGGAAGGAUAGCGGCGUCUGGUAUCCGCUUGACCCACGAAUUGCUUGGACCAGAGCGGCCUAUUGAGAUGCUCAUUUUCGCUGAUGAUUUGGAAUCGCUUGGAGCUGGGAUACAAGGUGGAAUGGAUCGGUCUUUUUACCGAUUACACUACAAUGAGAUUGGGCCUGUCCGAAAGCAGAGCGGCUUGGAUGGAAAAUUGGACAAGAAAGAUGGCUCAGACAGGUCGCACAACAUCAAAGGAGAUGGAACAAGGACUUGGCCGAUUGGGCUUCGCAGCGAACGCCUUGACAUGGGAGAGGCCCUUCUUGGGGCCAUUAUAUGCCUGGUCUGCAGCAGUGAGGACAAAGAAAGGCCUCUUGAAGAUACCGGCAAUGUUACGUACAAUUUUUUUUGGUUUCUGGCUAAAAGAACUCGAGAUGGGGGCAGCCUACAAGAGCCAACUCCCAUCCGAACUGAUAAUGAAGCAGAUCUCGUUUUCUUUACAGAUGCAAAGGCUACAGAGCAGGGUGCUUGGAUAGGAGGCUUCUUGCAAUCAAAGGAAGGUAGCAUAAUUUCGUGGUUCUCAGAAGAGGUGCAAGAAAGCUGGGCACCGUGGCUUUUUGUUCGUAAAGACCCAAAGCGGGUAAUAGCAGCUUUGGAACUAUUGGCUACGUUGGUGGCUGUCAGACUUUGGGCAAAUGGACUACAGAGAGGUGGCAAGGGCCGGUGUUGGGUGAGAGCUGGUACAGAUAACCAAGGAAAUUCUUAUGCAGUCAGCCGGUUGAUGAGUACAAAAUAUCCACUCACGGUGCUGAUCAUGGAGCUCUCAGAGACCCUUCGUGCCCGGAAUUGCGAACUAGAUCUUCAAUGGAUUCCGAGAGAGAAAAACCAACUUGCAGACGAUUUGACAAAUCAGGUUUUCACGAAAUUUCCCAUGGAUUGCCGUGUGCAGUUUGUUGGUGGGGACACCAAAUGGUUGGUCCUCAGUGAACUUAUGGAAAAGGCCAAUGAGUUUCACAUGGAGCUGGCAGCGGAGAAGAAACGUAAGGUAGCCGAGCCGGUAAAGACAAGGAAGGCCAAAAAGCAAAAGCUUUUGGAGCCGUGGUGA